AUGGAAGACAAAAAAGCAAAUUUGAUUGCAUUUUCCAUAGUAAUUGUACUCAUAAUUGUCAUUAUCAUUGCUCGUUUAUCUCUGAAACUUUCCAAGACAUUUUUUCUGAUAUGUGGAGCUGAUAUUGCAGCAAUUCUAGCAGUUUUUGCAGUUAUAGCGAUCCGGGUUCGUUUUACUGCUCGACGAAAACAACUCGAACAACGGUUCGAUUCAGAAGGCCGAGAGCUUCGAAUCGAGUACAGUUUUCUGAGGAAAGUUGCUGGAGUUCCGACAAAGUUCCGGUAUCGGGACUUGGAAGUAGCCACGGAUGGCUUUCGAUCUAUGGUAGGACGUGGGUCGUCGGCUUCAGUCUUUAAAGGGAUACUCAGUGAUGGGACGGCAGUUGCAGUAAAAAGGAUCGAAGGGGAUGAUCGAGGAGAGAAGGAAUUCAAAUCAGAAGUUGCAGCUAUUGCUAGCGUGCAACACGUAAACCUCGUACGCCUUCUCGGGUAUUGUGUCCAGUCGACUGGUCCUCGUUUCAUUGUUUACGAGUUCAUUCAUAACGGCUCGUUGGAUAAUUGGAUUUUCCCCAAGGGGGAAAGGGGUGGUCAACGUAGUGGUUGUUUGACAUGGGAUUCGAGAUGUAGAGUUGCUCUUGAUGUAGCGAGAGCGCUUUCUUACUUGCACCACGAUUGUCGAUCUUGUAUACUGCAUCUAGAUGUGAAGCCGGAAAAUAUACUUCUCGACCAUGAUUAUCGUGCACUCGUGUCAGAUUUCGGGCUCUCGAAAAUAAAAGGAAGAGACGAGAGUCGAGUUGUGACAACGAUCCGGGGGACUAGAGGUUACUUGGCUCCUGAAUGGCUCCUGGAGAAUGGAGUUUCUGAGAAAUGUGAUGUGUACAGUUAUGGAAUGGUGCUGUUAGAGAUUAUUGGUGGACGAAGAAACGUCCGUGUUCUCGAAAAUGGCAAUGGUGAGUCGAAAAAAAAGUUUCAAUACUUCCCAAAGAUUGUGAGUGACAAAUUUAAAGAUGGGAAACUUAUGGAAAUUGUUGAUCCAAGGUUGGUUGAAGAUGGAGGGGUUAAUGAGAGGCAAUUAAAGAGACUGGUUUGUGCAGCUUUAUGGUGCAUACAAGAGAAGGCCAAGCUUAGGCCAAGCAUGGCUAUGGUUGUUGAAAUGCUCGAGGGGCGUGUACCGGUUGAAGACCCGCCCAACACACAAAUGCUUAUUGUUGAUUUGUUAACAAUUGGUGAAGAGGCAGCUGAUCCUGGUUGUACUCCCAGGCCUAGAUUUGGUAUAGUGGAAAAUUACCAAAUGAAUAGUGACAUUCCUUCCACGUCGAGUUACUCGGUUACAAUGUCGACACUCUCAGGCCGGAUUCUCAAUCGAAUUGAAGACCGAUACAGCAUAAGAGAGGUCACCAGAUGGGCUAACGGCGCAAAACUCGAUAAGUUUGCUGAGUGCAAACAGUGUGUUGUGGAGUCCAAAUUUGAUGACUUGACAGUGGAUUUGUUUGAGUUUCUUUAUGCUUUUGCAUUUGGAGAGGAGAGUAAGAGAGGGGUGGUUUUGGAGUAG